UUAAAAGAAGCACUCAAUAUUUUAGCGAUUUCCUUUGGUUUAGUCGAGGAAAAUAAAAUUUCUCAACAACAAACAACUGAUGUCGGACUUAAUUUCAAGCGGCAAGUGAUAUCAGCCUCCACCGGUUCAAUGUUUACAGUUGGUUGGCAAGGAAGUUUCACGAAUGACUGAACAAAGCAGAGGAUGGCAGGAGUUUGUCUAAAGGAAUUUUAUCUCAACUUUAUUCGUUCGGUUUAAGUAUUGAAAUGAAUUCCGAACUGGAGGAAGGACAUAAUGAAAAAGAUGAUACUUUUCUCUGGGAGUUCAAUGAGGCUGUAGCGGCCAGCAUUCCUAACCCUCAAUAUAGUGUCCUGACAGAACAGGCUCAGGGCUUAAUUUCGUUGAAGAACCAAUGUGCUUUGUUUUGUGGUGGCCGCAAUUGUAAAUAUGAUCGCAGUGACUGCUGGGAAGGCCAAAUGGCUAUUACCGGACUCUUUUCUCAUUGGGUAUCUAAAGAUAUACUGGCAAUGGCCAGACCUAAUACAGAAGUUAUGAUAAAACAUAGAAUUGUUGAUCAGUUUGUGAGGUAUAAAAUAAUGUCUGUAAUAAAUCUUCAAGAGACUGGAGAGCAUGCUAGUUGUGGACCAGGUCUAGAACCAAGUGGAUUUUCAUAUGACCCCCAAGAUUUUAUGUCAUCAAACAUUUAUUUCUACAAUUUUGCCUGUCAAGAUUAUGGCACUUUGUCAAAAAGUAGGCUGUUGGAUAUGGUUCGAGUGAUGCAGUUUGCUCUUACGCAAGGGAAAGUGGCCAUCCAUUGUCAUGCUGGUUUAGGCAGAACUGGGCUGCUUAUCUGCUGUUAUCUUGUGUUUACAUACAGAAUAUCAGCAAACAAAGCCAUCACUUAUUUGCGGGAAAAAAGACCUAAAUCGAUCCAAACACGAAAGCAGAUGCUUUGUGUGAGAGAAUUCGUAGAAUUUCUGAAAAAACUUUGGAUCGUAUUUCCUUAUUCACCAGAUAUUUCGUGCGAAUUCACUUUACAGCAAUACAUGAACCGACAGCGGAAAUUACUGCAUGGAUACAAACUGAGAAUUUUGAAACAUAUCCCACAGAUUAUUUAUUAUGUAUGUGAGCGCCUUUUAGAACUUGCACAGUGUGGCAGCACUUCGGCAUUGUCUAUAAUGAAUAAAACUAUCACCAUUCCUGAUAGUUUUUCCGCCCAAGCUUCUGAAGAGGAAAUAGGAGACAUUCCAUAUAGAGGUUCAACUUCAAGUGUUGAUAAAAUACAUUCACAAGAUGAUGUAUUAAAAAAUGACAGAUCUCAUGUCUUAUAUUCCAAUACAUCACAACUUUCUGCUUGCACUAACUGUGACAAUGAGGCCAUGGAUGCAAUGGAAUAUCAUGCUAUCAACCAGUCAGACGGGAGUGCUAAUUCCAAGAUGCAUUGCAGUGAUAGUAAUUUGAUGAAAGACUCCGGUGCCAUAGCAGGUGGAAAUUUCCCUGUGACUGGUUUUUUUUUAACUGCUGAAACUUCUACAAGCAUUACCAGUAAUACAAAGAAUAAUCUGCCAAAAGGUAGCCAUCUCCAUACAUUCCCUCAAGGUGACAAGAAUCUCAAACAUAGAAUUGCAAAUGCUUUGUGUUGCACAACCUUCUCAAAGGAAGUCAUCUUGCAAAAAGAUGCUCUAAAGCAAGAACUAAACAACAGCAAUAAUGGAUGGAAAUUGAUCCUCACAGAAUCAAACCCAGAAGUACUGGUUGCACUUAUGUGGGAAUGGUUAAACAGGCUACAGGAACCAAUUCUUCGUUAUAGAGAUUCGAAAACCUUACUGACAUAUAGUGAUGAUCCAUUUCUUGGUCUCAGCACUCUUGAAAAGAGUCCCCAUGCCACAAUAGACUACCUUAAUAAAGUGGUUGUUCGACUCCUACCUUUACCUGAGCCAGUGUUAGACCAUCUUCUGGAAGUCUUACUUUCUCAUCUCACGCAUCACUACAUUUGUCUUGAACCAUGCAGUGUAUCAUGGAAAAGUACACACUGGUUAGAACUGUGUCACUCAACACCUCUCGAUUUAAUCAAUUUUUUUAAAUGUCUUCUACAAAUGAAUCAAAGAUCAAUGUCACAAAAUACUCUUUCAACCAACCAUUAAUGUUUUAUUUUUUAAUAUAUCUUCAUUAAGCAGAAACUACUGAAAUAGAUAACUAUUUGCAUAAUAUAAGCAUAUAAUACAAUCACUAUACCUUUAUUCAUCCAUCCAGCCAUCCAUCCAUCCAUAAGAUAUUUACAUAUGCAAGGAGGAAUUUUAAAAAAAAUGAAAUCUCAUUGCAACACUCGUGCCAUCUUUUGCUCUGGCAACGUCUACAAAGUGUUUAUAAUUAUCAUAUUUGAUGUUUCAGAAGAAUAAAGUUUGAGCGUUUACAUCAUAAAAAGAACUUCUAUGAAAAAAUAUAAACAGUUGUAUUAUUUUGUAGUUUUGUAGUUUCUGUUUAAUUAAUUUCAAAGUGUUUUUUCUUCUCUACACUGGAAUGGAUUCUGUGAUAAUAAUUUACUAUUGACUUUGAUGAAGGUGUUGUAUAGAACUAUGAUUAUGCAUGCAUACAGACUGACAAUAAAUCAUUUAUUUUCAUUAAAA